UCUCUGUCUCUCUCUCCACCCUGCCUUCUUCUCUCUGUUAACCCUUGCUCAUCCCAUCUCUAUUCAACAAUACCCACCUCUCUCUUGUUUUCUCUCUCUCUCUCUCUCUCUCCCUCUUUUUUUCUCUUUCUGUUUCCCUCCUCUCCUCCUCCGUUCCACUUUGCUCCUGCCAGGAAGAUGAUGGUGAUGAUGAUUAUGUGACACUGUGGCCAGCCAAUAAGCAUGCAAGGAGGGAGUGGAAGGGGUGUGUUCAGAGGCCUAUCUUGGAUCUGAUCGAUGCUGAGGAGAUCGAGGAGGAAGACGGGGAAGAGAGGGAGGUAGAGGAGGGUGGGGGAGGCCUUGUCCAAGCUGAGAAGCGGCAACACUGGCAUAAUAAAAGAGGAGAAGAAGAGGAGGAAGAGGAGGAGGCACGGAGGAAGCUGUUGCCUGUCAAAGGGGAAUCAACCUGUGCUGUCAUGGAUAAAUAUCGACCAAAGAGACCAACCACCCUGGCUCUGUUCCCACAGCUGCCACAAGCCGGCACCCAGGACUCCAUCAACAACAACUCUUUAGGCAAGAAGGACAGCUGGAAGGACUCCCGCUCCUCCUCCCCACAUAUUACAGGGGAUAUAGCAGCAGCAGAUAUCCAGCCAAAAGCAGAGGACAAAGUUCGGCCCAACACGCGCCGCCCGGCACCAAAACCACCCACAGCCAAUGGAACAAACAGCAGAGCCAACACUCAGGCUGCUGCCACCACGGCAGAUACACGCGCUCGAGUGCGGGAAAGACAAGUGUCAGGGGCCACGCACACGCAGUCCACAAGCACACCAAGGACACCAAGGAGUCAAAGGAGAGGAGGAGGAAGAGGAGCGCCGGCGAUGAGAGAGAGGAGCCUGGGGGACAUCAAAGGAAAGGAUGGAGUGACGGUAGGGAAGGAAGAGAGAAGAGGAGGAAGACUGUGUGAGGAGUCCAAGGGCAAGGAAAAGGAGAAAAAUACACAUCAAAGGCCGAGAGUAACAAAUGGACUGAAAAGCCGUGGGGCCGAUGGGAAAGGGAAAGUAGGUGCCAAAGGGCUUAACAAAGGAGGGACUUUCAAGCCAAAUAACAUACUGUCCAACCAGGAAGUUUAUCUGCCAGCUAUGGUGGUCCCACGCACGCCUGUAGCACCUAGAAACCAGGACAAGACCCAAGACCAAGGCCAAAACCAUGACAGGACCCAAGACAACCCCCCUAUCCUCUCGCGGUCCAGCAGCGAGGGGGGGUCAAACAGAAUGUCACUGAGCUCAGACACCGAGGGCCCCCCACCAGGGCCCCUGCAUCCCUCUCUAUCCCACCGAACCAACCCUGACAUCAGAGAAGAAGAGGGGGAGGGAACUCCGACCCCCUCUGUGAACGUCCAGAACGGUCCAACCCUCUGCCUUGCAGGUAAUGAAAAAACAGAGAUGGACUCUACUAAGUCAAAGGUCCAUGCAGGGGGAGAAAAAGGUGACAAUAACACUGAGGUGGAUAGCACCGACUAUGUCACUCAGAGAGAUUGUGUGGCGGCUCAGACUGUACCAAAGAGUGAAGCUACAGCAGGGUUAAAUUAUGACUCUGUUAAGUAUACUCUGGUGGUCGAUGAACACUCUCAAUUGGAGUUGGUCAGCCUCAAGGACUGCUUGCACGGUUACAACGAGCACAAUGAUGACAGCGAUGCAGAGACGGUCUAUCAGUCAGCCAAUGAGGAGGAAGACCCAGAGUAUGAGGAGGAGAGAAAGAGGAGAGAGGAAGCAAAGAAGCAAGAGAGGCGGAAAGAGGAGGAAAAGAGAAGAAAGGAGGAGGAUGAGAAGAAGAAGAGGAGGGAAGAGGAUGUAAAGAGGAGGAGAGAGGAGGAGGUGAAGAGGAGGAGGGAAGUUGUGGCAAGGGUCUGCAAGCAGUCCAAGGUAACAUCAACCACAACUUCCGAGGAAGAGGAGUCUAACGGAGGAAGGGCCAGAGCUUCCAGAAGUAAAAAGUUCCUCAACCUGUUUUCCAACAACAGCAGUCAUUACAGCGCAACUGGUGCUGGGUCAUUUGGUGUGUUCUCCUGUGUUUUGGACGGAGUGGAGAGACAACAGAGCCACAGAGCUGCCUACAGGUUUGUCCCUCGUCAUGCAGAUGAGCUUUGCCUAGAGACAGAUGACCCAGUGUUAAUGCUGAACCAGUCUGAGGACCUGUGGUGUCAGGGUUACAACAUGAGGACUGGAGCGACCGGCAUCUUCCCUGCCUUCUAUGCUGUCAAGCUGGCCAAAGAAUAUGAUCAAGUCCAGAAAGAUGGCUGGGUAGAGCAGUUCCAGGGGCGGUUCCUGGGUUCAGUACAGGUCCCGAUCCACAAGGGCAACGACAUGCUUUGUGCUGCGAUGCAGAAGGUGGCGUCUAACAGGCGGUUAGCAGGGCAGCCUCCUUCAACCUGUGUGCUGGAGGUCAGUGUGAAAGGUGUGAAGAUCAGUGUCCAAGACCAGUGUCACUCUGCUCAUAGGGGGGACCAGUGUUUCCAUUUCUUCCAGCUGAAGAACAUCUCAUUCUGUGGCUGUCAUCCAAAACACAGCAAGUAUUUUGGUAUCAUCACCAAACACCCUGACCAAGAGCGCUUUGCCUGUCAUGUGAUGAUGUCAGAUACAACACUACAUCCUCUGGCUGAAUCUGUAGGGAGGGCAUUCCAGCAAUAUUAUAAGGAAAACGUUGGCUACUCCUGUCCCACUGAAGACAUCUUCAUUGAAUAACACCCUUCCCGCAUCCACACUAUGUACUGAAUACUCACUAUGUGCAUGUAAGCCUGGUCUUACACAGCAAACUGGACCACUGAUUUAUCUUUAUCAGAGUACUUGCAUGGUGGAUUUCCUUUCUUACCUGCAUCCAGUGAUACCGCAAGCUUUCCCUUUCUUUUGGCCAUGUGCCAAUAUUAGUACCUCUACGGCUGGAUAGGAUCACAUGAAAUAUUCUAUACACUGGGAACAAAUGUAACAUAAACUCACCCAAAUUUAAAUACACAUAUUCGAUAUUGAUAUAUUUUAUGGGUUAAAAUUACUUGUAUGUAACUACGCGUAGAUAUUGGCUGUAAAACCAUAUGAACAGCCUUUAUGACUAUGAAGUUAAUUUAAGGACAGAAUGUUUAAAUCAUCCUUUUUUUUUUUUACUUUCAACCAGUGCUAAAAUAAAUAAUAAUUUACCAGUGACAGUUUUGGUAAGUUGAGUCAUAUAUCAAAAAACAAGAGUUAUCAGCCACAUUAGCAGCUCUGUGAGUCUGUAAAUGCCAAUUUCAGCAUGCUAAGAUGUGCACAAUAGCAGUGUUUACCAUGUGAGCAGCUUACAUUUGUUAAUUAGCAAUAGAAAGGCAAAGUACAGCUGAGGCUAAUGGAAAUGUUGUUAUUUUGCAGGUAUUUGGCCAUAAACCAAACUAGAUCUGGAUCGCCAAAGCUGUUACACUUUAUCCUGCAGGGAACAUGAAUGUCAGAAAAAGAUUUCAUGUUAGGCUAUCUUACGAUAUUUUAGAAAAAAUGUUGCACCAACAGUAUGACACUGACAUCUGGAAAGCCACUCUAUAUAGAUAAUAAUGAAAACGUUAAUGGUUAUUGCUAUUUUUCUCUUUCAUAUAAUUGGAAUUUGUGUUUUUGGACUCUUGUUGACACAAGUUAAACAAUUUAAAGACAUCACAUUAGGAUCUGGGAACUUGAUAAUAAGCGUUUAUUUGUGACAUUUAAUACACUAACUGAUUGGUCAGUAAAGUUAAAAAACUAAAUUCAAUUCGAAAAGGUUCCUGGGAACAAUACUUAAAUCUUUGAUUUGUUGUCAUAUUUGAUGUCCCGCCAUGAUGAAUGCACUUAAAUGAAAAUAAUCCAUAUC